AUGAAUAAUAACUUUGCUACCCCCAUUGAAAAGAUGUAUUCAGUUAAAACAAAUCUCUCAUUCCCCAAAAACGGUUACCCUGAUAAACAGAGUGUCCUUCAGGCUGUAAACAACUAUGCUCUUUCUAAUAAUUUUACUAUCAAGAUUAAGGAUGGAAAAUUUCCCACACUUCAUCUUGCUUGUGCAAAGGCUGGCACCUAUUGCAACAAGCGUAACAUUAGUGAAGAUAAAAGAAAGAAGGUUCCAAACUCUUCUCUCACUGGAUACCUAUAUAUUUUAAGAUUCUCUUAUAAGAAGAAUAGCAACAGAUAUCUUCUUUUGCCUGCCCGUGGCAACAAUGAACAUUGCCACAACCACCCUAUUACCUCCGAGAACUUGUCUUCUUCCUGUCAAGGAAGAAUAGCAACAGAUAUCUUCCUUUGCCUGCCCGUGGCAACAAUGAACAUUGCCACAACCACCCUAUUACCCCUGAGAACUUGGCUUCUUCCCAUCAAGGAAGAAUGA